ACUCCUCAGAUCAAAAUCAUUUUGUUUGAUUAUUUUCUCUCCUUGGAUUGAAAAGGUUAAUGGAAUUUGAAUCGUCUAAGUCUAGCAACAAGAUGGAUCCUGGAUGGAAGUAUAACCAUGCCAAGGAUCCUAAGAAGAAUUAUUCUAUUACUUUACCAUUAGAAGUAAAGGAAGAGUUGUGGGCUGUUUUUUGGGAAAAACAAGAAUUAAAUGUGAGAUCAAGUGCACAGUAUGAAUCUGAUUUCUUUGAUAUUGGUGAUGAUACUGAUGAUGCUGAAGUUGAAGAAAAUAGGAAUUCAAGGAGUAAAAGGGCAUUAGUUGCAAUGCCAAGUUUUUCGAAAGCGAAUAGAACUAAGGGUCCAAUGGAUCUUUACUUGCAAAAACCAGAAGAAGUUGUUGAAAUAAGGAAAAAACAAGGCAAUGGAAAGCUAAUACAAUCAAAUAUUAAAGAUUUUUGUGACCCUAAAGCAAGAGAAAGAACAAUUCAGUAUAUUGCAAGGUGUUUUUAUCAAGCAGGCAUUCCAUUUAAUGCAACUCGAUUGGAUAGCUUCAAGGUUAUGGUGGAAGUUAUUGGUCAAUAUGGUCUAGGCUUAAAGCCUCCAAGUUAUCAUGAGAUUAGAGUUCCAUUGCUCAAAAAGGAACUUCAACUUACAAAGAAUCUCAUGAAAAAUCGUCAAGAGAUAUGGGCAAAGAUAGGCUGUUCAAUUAUGUCAGAUGCAUGGUCAGAUAGGAGACAUAGAAGUAUUAUCAAUUUCUUGGUAAAUUGUACUGCUAUGACAAUGUUUAUGGAGUCCGUUGAUGCUUCUUCUUAUACAAAAAUAAGGGAUAAGUUAUAUGAGCUUCUUGAUGCUUUUGUGGAAAAGAUUAGAGAGGAAAAUGUUGUCCAAGUGAUAAUGAAUAAUGGCAGCAAUUAUGUGUUGGCCGGUAAACUCCUCCAAGCCAAAAGAAAGCACUUAUAUUGGACACCAUGUGUAGCACAUUGUGUAGACCUUAUCUUAGAAGAUAUCGAGAAAUUGGGGGAUGUUGCUGUAGCAUCUGGGGUUGGAGAGCCUAGAAUUUACACUAGACGAAACACUGCAGAAAAAAUUGGGAGGAAAGAGGCUUCAAGCGCUAAGGCAUUAGCAAUAGCUAGAUCUAGAUAUGAUCUUGAAGAGGAGGAAGAAAUGGUGGAUGCAGAGGAUACCGAGGAGGAAGAGAUAGAGGGCUACAACUCUAGUGAUGGAAAUGAGAGUAGUGAUGAUGCUCAAAUAGAUGUUGAUGAGGAUAAUGAUUUAAAUUUUGAUUGAAACUCUUUUUAGGAUUUUAGAAUCUUAGACUGUUGAAUGAAAUCAAAAUUUGAAACAUUGCAUUGGUGUUGAAUUAAAUUUUGGUGAUUUUCAUAUUAUGAUUCUUGAAUUAUGUUUGUUCGUUCCUUUUCCUUGAAAAAAGUGGCUCUACAUACUUGAAAUAACUCUUCUCUUUUUAUUGAAUGGGUUGCAGGAGAGUAAAAGACUUGAAGAGUU